GUCCUUGGAUGUCCUUGCUUCCUGCUUUUGAGUAACUCAUAGUACGGCUGUCGUGCAGACAGGUUGGUACAGUGCGGUAUCGUGUAUUAAUCCCGGGGCGAUUGUGAGAAAGGACACGUUGUCGACGCAACGUUCGAGUCUGUCGUCCGUUUUUGUGGUGGUUGCAGACCUGCCUGCUUCCUUGCCUGAUUAAUUCCGGCGUGUGUACUUCCGCGGAAACAGUGAAAGAUUUCGGAUUCGAGUUUAGAUAGAUAAAUCGCGCGGUGACGACGACGCGACGGUGACGACAUCAUGAUUUUGUGGUAGCGGAAUUGUGUCUGAAUGUCGAGCGCGGAGCAGAGAUAAGGAAUAGGAUAAGGAUACAACGGGCGUCCUUAACUCCAUCUGGUCCGGUCCUGUCCUUAACGGCUUGAUGCUAGCCGGUUUUAGGCGGCUUAUCAUAAAAACGGAUGUUUGGUUGAAAUAUUUAUGCGAUUUCGAGCCCUUAUCUAACCUCCGAAUCAAAGUGGAAGCUGGCAUCGAGACGGGGCUUCUGCAAUGCUUGGAUUUGUGAAGGACGCGUAACUCGGCCGACUACCUUGACAGUGUACAUGUGAACAUCCUAAAGCGGCAAGUAUCCUUGCUGUGCCGUUCAUCCUCCGGAUAGUAAUUUAUUGCCUAUUUGGAGAGGUUAGUGCCCGCAGGGAUUUGGUUUUCGGGAAGGUACGCGCAAGGGGGGCUUACGUAUCUUAAGGACGUGAAGUGCAUCGUAGAGUGUGUGUAUUUGUCCUGCUGCGGGGCACGGUGGACCGGAACCACCCUUCUUGCUUCAGUGGCUAAUUCACGACAAAUUGAAAAGUGAUUGGUGGCAAUAUUUCUUUCAUAUAUUUAUUGUAUGAUAUAUCCUGUUCCUCGUGUCGGGGGUGCGUGUGUGGUGAUACCAUUAGGAGUUUGUUUGCGAACUAUCAGCAGCAGUACGAGUUCUUUUGGGAUCUAGUCCUGAUUUGGUUGGUGUUACUUGUCGCCGCGUCCAGUUCAGUGAUUCAGAAACGAAAAAGCUUAUCAAGGUCCUGUAGUGUGGGAACGUGUAUACAUUUCGGAUGCCAACUUAUUCCGCUACAAUAUUUUCUACGAAAUCCUUCUGCAAUGGCGUCAUCAUCAGGACGAGCCUUGGACGCCACGCUAUCACCAUCGCCAGCGUAUAACAAUAAAUUGUUUGUUAUCCAGAAGAGAUUGUUAUCGAGAUUGCCAGCCAUAGCCUGUAACAAUACGAGCAGCAACGACAACGGCAAGAGGACGCUGACACAUUGACGACACCGCUCGUCCCUGCUGUACCACAAUAAAGAAUUCAUUCAUUCAUAAUCAUUUUCGAAGAGUCCUUUUUGUUUGGGACAAACGCGACGAUAAAGCAAACGUCAAUCGGGCAUCAAAGGACUUUUGUGUGGUCGCGGACAUAAAACAGGAAAAAGGAAAGGAACAUUUCCGAAUGAAGCUAAUGAAAAGCUCUCCAUUGUAUUAAUGGCCUAGCCUUGGGCACAUGCACGAACAUCGCCAUUGAAUACCGGAACAAAAGGUGCUAUAAACACUCGACAGCAUAUCAAAAAUCGUCGCUUGGGACCAUCUGCACAGAACGGGGUGAAAACAAUAGUCGAUGACACCAAUUGCGCGCUCCUACUUUCUCUAUAUGUUGGCUACACUCACGGCCACAUGCUGCAUCGACUGCCUGCACCCCGCCCAAGACAAUAUCAGUGACGACGACGAUGUCCAGCUCCCAAGGACUCCCCGUCACCUGAAGCCCGAGAAUCAAUUCCAGUCGGAUAGUGGGUCAAGCGACGGGGCCGUCCCGUGCGGGGGCAAGCUGACCGCUCGCCAUGGCAUCAUCCAGACUCCCAGCUUUCCCAACAAAUUCCCGGUGCCCAUUACAUGUGUUUGGAUAAUUGAUGCCUCCGAGCUAACCACCGGCCCGAAUGUAUCAAUCGUCAUCUACCCCACCCAACUCUAUGUCCUUGGCGGACUCAGAUUCACCGAAUACAUGUACUACGGCGAUGAUUACAAAGUACGCAGUCAGCGGGUGUUUCAAUUUAGCGAACAUAACGUUACGAAAGUUGCGUGGAUCCAGUUUAAUAGUCAAUACCUGGAGAUAAGUUUUACGAUGAGAACGCUUGAUGGGACGCACCUGAGGGCGCUGGAUCAAUUGCUGGAUGUGUACGGAUUCAAUAUCACAUACGAGGUGGGCCCGCUCAAGCCAUAUCAGUGUAAUGCGCUGAAAUGCCGGUUCCUGGGACAUUGCUAUGCCAGGGAGGAUUUCUCGUCCUACUACUGCUCCUGCUUCCCUGGAUACAGCGGCGCAGAUUGCGGUCAAGGACCCUUGUGUGAAGACCUACUACAGAACGUUUGCGAAAAUGGAGGAACAUGCAAACAAAUUGGAGCAUCCUCGGUCACUUGCUUAUGUAAAGAAGGUUACAAAGGAAAUAAAUGCGAGAGUCCAGAAGUGAGCGAUGAUCUGGGUUGUUUUGUGGACUCAUCCCCGGAGUGUCAGAAACAUUGUUUGUCCCGGGAGGAGCCAUUACGUUCCAGGAGAGUGUGUAGGUGCAACAGUUUGCGAAAAGGCUUUACGGGAGAUAAGUCAUCGAGUCGUAGCGGAAAAUGGAGGUAUCAAGUCACAAUGCGGUUUAGCAGUAAUCUUACAACUCUUUAUCGCACCUCCGCCGACGAGGGUGGUGGCGGUAUUAUCAGCGAUGCCAUCGAGAAACGCUCCAAGGAACAUUUGAAAGCGACGGUGGAAAGACAUGUGGCACGUUUUCUAAGGAAUUCAAACGUUUCCAGCUUCUCUGAUUUGGAGCUGAUAAAUAAUUUAACGGACGGACAUGAUGUAUCCUUUCACCUUUACGGAUACAAAGGCGACUCCAACAGGAUACACGAAGCUAUAUCACGAUUGAUUGAGCGCGGUCGAUUGGGAAAUUAUACGCUAGUUUCUAACUUUUUAAUAUUCACGGAGAAUCCACCUUUUGAAUUAGAGUCGGUUGUGACGAAUCAACCUAGCCCAGUACGGGAAGGAUCGGAAUUCAUACUUUCUUGCAUAGCACGUGGAUCACCUGAUAUGACAUUCAGAUGGUAUAAAGAUGGAUUCUCUGUGAACAUCUCGUUGGCAACAAGAGACAUUUGGACUAUGAUGUUGCCACCGGAACACAAGAAUGUCUAUACUUCAUUACUGGGAGUUCGCUCAGCUAACAGAUUCGACGAUGGACUCUACACCUGCGAAGUUACCGAUUGGGGAGCACGCCAAUGUCGCUCAAUUGUGAUUCGCGUGAAAUCACCGCCACAACUCCGAAUUGAACCACCCAGCGUGACAGUAUACCGUGGAGACUCCCUCAAUAUACGCUGUCUCUCCCCAGAAAAUGAUCACCAACGUUACGGCCAACUAGGAUACAGCUGGACACGUAAUGGUUUCCUCUUUCAAUCGAAUCCAAGUAAUAUCACUUGGGAAGACUUAUAUCCUGAUGGGAGUAUUUUGAGGAUAAAAAGCAUACAAAAAUCCGCCGAGUUCACAUGUAUUGUGUCCAACAGUGUAGCCCCCAGCUCCAAAAGCGUCCAUGUAAUCGCCAUCGAUCGCGGGACCAUCGAACUGUGUCCUACAAAUUCCGCAUUCGGAAUCAAUUGGCCAUCGAGUGCACCAGGACCUCCAAUUGUUGUAAAUUGCCCGAAGCGCUACGAAGGACUCGCCAGGCGUACAUGCGAACAACACGAUAUCGGGAAGGCUGGCUGGCUGGUCCCGGACUUCUCGGGCUGCGUGGCAAAUGAGGUGGCCGACGUGUAUAAUGAGUUCCAGGCAUUGACUUCAGGAUACCAGAACACAAAUUGUUUAAACAUUUUGCAAGCGUGCCUCGAAUAUGUUAUGCGUCGCCAUUUGAAUUUCUACCCGGGCGAAGGGAAUUUUUUGCUGGAUCUACUACAAGAGGUGGAAAAGUAUCUUCAACUAAAGGGAACUCCUCUGGAGAGGGAAAUGGCAUCGGAGAUUAUGUUACAUAUUCUGGAUAAGAUUAUUCAAAGUGUUCAUGCGUUGAACAGUUUACAGCAAGUGAAAAAGUUCCAACUAUCGACGCAAGCUGCCGCAUUCAGUUAUGAAACUAUCUCUGCGUCACAAUUAGCAACGUCCACCAUGUCCGAAUCGUCAGCCAUGUCUUCCUCUUCCUCAUCACAGUCCCAGCCGGGUUUAUCUCCAGGAUCCCAGCCGACAGCACCGAGGGAUGCGAGUAGUAAUAAAGUUCAACCCCGCACAUCUCAUGACGAAACCAACUCCUUCGUUUCGCCGGUCACUAUGCCGCUGGAUCAAAUUAGUUCGUUUAGAAUAUUUAAGUCUACAGUGAAAAAUCUACCAUUUAAUAUGGAAAUUUAUAGCCAUGACAUGUUCUCGGAUGUGGUGAACGUAAAAAUCGGCGCAUCAAGUCAAAUGCUGAACAUCUUAUCGUCAAACACCACCGUGCACGCUUCGGUGAUUGCAUACAAAAACUUGACUAACUUUCUCCCAAGAAGAUACUUCGCCCGUGGAAGUGACGGUGACGACAUCGAUUACAUACCAGCAUCGCGGAUAAUUGCGUCGCAUCUCUUUCAAUCAAACCACAGCAACGACUCAUAUCCUCGAUUAUUGAAUCUACCCCUGGACGUGGGCCAUAUUGAAAUCAUAUUCCAACACGAAAAUAAUAAACCACUUAUGGACACGGACUGGUUCCCGAUAUGCGGCCAUGAUUUAAAAUCAACAGAGGACACAAUCUGGCAAACGGACAGCUGCAUCACCAAGAAUUUAAUGGAGAAUAUUACCCGAUGUAUCUGCCCGUUAUCGGGUACUUUUGUCGUAUUGUUGGCACGGAAAAAUAAUAAUAAUUCCACAGUUCGAACCUCAUCACGUCCAGUGUUCGUUGUAAUAAGUUGUGGAUGCUGCUUCCUCCAGUCGUGCACGGCAUUCGUGGUACUAAUUCCGAUCCUAUACAACCGUAAAUGCUGCAUAACAUUUCUCAAGAUGCAAUUCUGCACAUCCACAUCAACUGUAAUGGCGAUAUUUAUCCUUGGUUUCUUGAAAUUGUUGCCACAAGACUGGCACGGGAUCAUAAGUUCAACAUUGGCCUCGCUAAUGCUCCUGGGACUAUCCUCCCUCGUGGCCAUAGCUCUUGUGGUCCAGUCGGAUUUGGUCCCGAAAAAAGCCCAAAUGGCAAAUCUAUCGUCUGGAAUCCGAGGUGCAAUUUGUGUGAGUUGGCUGCUACCAAUCCUCUUCGCAAUCUGCUCCCCACUCAUUUACACAAUUAUCGGAAAAUGGCCUCUUAAUUGGUGGCUUGAGAGUGGAAGCUCUGGGUUCAUACUUUUCGCAAUGGUUGAGACGCUGUUUGUUCUUUUGUUUGUUAUGCUUUUUGGAAUUUUGGUAAAGAAACUUUUGUAUCUAGUGAAAAAGUAUGAUAAGCAGAAUUUAUCCUUGUGGAGAAGGAUCGGUCUUCUAUACAGAACAGGAGUCCUGGUAGUUUUGAAAACAACAACAGACGUCCUGUUUCUGGCACUCCCUAGUCAAGCUAGCAGCGGUACCAUCAGCCAUGUGUUUGGCGCAUUCUGUAUUUUGCUGGGAUUCGCCAUCAUGAUCUGCUUUGUUGUAAAAGCAGAAUCAAGCACGAAAUCAGGUAGCCUAAGUAAGCGUAACUCCAAAGGAAUAAUGAGCGAUGUCUUCUGUUCAGCAUCGCCAAACACUCACCUCGGAUUUUACACCAGCCACGAGCUCGACAGGAGCUUUGAGAAGCUACCACCAUCCUCUCUAACCGCCACCAAAUUACCAAUAACCACCCCUUCGGCAGCAUUGAAGGAGAUCCCAAGGAAGUCCGUGGAAUCAUUUAUAAAUGCUGUUGUUGGUUGCGAAGGCGGUGACGGUGGUAAAAACAUGACAACGAUUGCAACAACAGCCACCGGCAUCGUCACCGUCGGAGAUAAUGAAAAUCGCGGACAGGACAUUGCUUUAUACGAACUGGAACAACCGCCAAGCUGCAGCGGGUCGGAACAAAGUUGCUCCAAAUCGAGAUGCUGCAAUAUCCUGGGGAAAGGAAACAAUCAUGCAAAACAAUAUCAAGUGAAAAUUAUUGAAUCGCAAACGUUCUUUGACGGCAGCGGAAAUCCUGUCGAGAGUAAGGGCGGUAAAUGUGGGAUGAUGUUGCCGCUGGAGAAUCGUGAGAUUCUUGGCGUUGAGACACUUGAUAUCCUGAAGGGCGUAUCGCAAGACAGCAUAAUUGGAAUACGGAGCUGUCUAUCAACAAGUGGGAUAUCGGACGGUGGUAGUCAUGUAGUUAGUCAAUCAACCAGCAACGUUAUCCCUCCCCAUCCCGUGCAAAUAUUCCAGCCCUGCAGCAGUAGCAACAGCUCAACCCAAACCCCAAAGUCCCAGAAACGUGUAACAAUCGAGGAGCCGAAAGUAGCAGCACCGUCAAUAAUUCCCGCCGGCCAGUCACUUCAUCAUUAUCACAUACCGCCCCCAAUUAUAACAAUCAGUCCCAUAAAUGAAGAGGAAUCAGGCGUGCAGACCACAUCAAUCAUUCAACUUCAGCAACAACAAAUACCGGAUCGACCAGGCUGCUCCCAUAAGGGCAACACCCCGCCACUGCCGCCCCCAACGAGCAUGGCCGAUGUCAAUAGUCCUGGGAACGGUGAAGAUGAUGACCCCAUCGAUGGAAUGCUACAUAGAAUUUCUCAUGAUUUGGACUUUUUGCUGAAUCGUGCCGUUGAAUUGCCUACAAAGUGUCAGCCAGGAUGCUCAUCAGCCUCGGAUACCGGCAUGUCCUCAUCCUCCUCCUCGUCCUCGUCUAAUACAAUUGAAAAGCCAAAUAUCAAAAUGACAGCCUCAAGUCAGAAGUCCUUGUGCACGAAUAUCCAAGAAGUUAUUAUUGAGGAGCCCGAAAUGGAAUGAGACCAUUCGACCUGAAAUUUGAGGAAAACAGGGUUGUGUUCCAGAGUAUUACUUGUGAGGGGAACACGCUCAGUGUAAAUUAUGCUGAAAUUCAUUCGCUGUAAGAAGACUUGAAUAGAAUUUAGAUAGUAAAUUUGUAAAUUUACCUCGAGAUGUGAACAAUGAAACAAAG